AUGAUGGAUUUAUGUGCUAUUUUCCACGGGCUUUGUCAGCCUCGCCUUAAAUUGAUUCUGUCAAGCGUUUUCACUCACCAGGAGAAAUAUCUGGAUGACUUGAAAUGCCUGUUCGACGCAUUGUUCGAGAUUUUUAAUCAUGUUGAGUCUCAAGCGUCUUUACCUUCUGGAUACAAUCAACUUUUGCCUGUGGUAGCUUACCUUUCCGAUAUUUCAUGGUCGUUAUAUUCGUUCCUUACCACACUCGCUCAACUUACUACCAGACGCCCAAUUGAUGUUUGCCUUAAUUCUGGUGGGAUUGAAAGAUUUGCAGCCUUCUUCGAACGCGUGUUUUCCUCCCUUCAAAUACAAAUUGAGGCUGCGUUCCAACUAUCCAGCAGCCAACGCCAGACGUUACUAUCCGACUUAUCAAGAGCAAGCACGCUUUUCAUUUGGGCCGUCCGCGAAGGUCUCUUGGAACCUUGUUUUUUGAACCGCAUCCGCCAAUUGUGCGACGAGGGACCGUGUUUUUCUGACCGCCUUGCUGAUGAUCCAGCGAUCCAGUUAGCACAGAGGUACAUGGAUCAGACGCUGCAACUGCUGAGCUAUCGAAAAUUCAGCCUGGCCAUGCAACUCCUCUAUCCGUCGGAAAAAGACGUGUCAUCAAUUCGCCGGUUGGUCGGAAAGGAUGGGCUUGACGAUGCGACAUCCCAGUAUCUAUUUGCUGCCACUGAAGCUCUGCUCUCCGAAGCAGACAUCCACCCAGAACCUGAAACUACCACCCUGGAUGAGAGAACUCAGCCUGCUGUCUCCUCCACUCGCACCCGAUCAAUAGAGUCUGAGGCUGGUCUCUCCAUGAGCAAGUCAGUUCGUGAGGUCAGAGAAGUGCUACCUCAUCUGGAUGUUGAACUAAUACAGCGCUACCUUGAUGAACUCUGUGGUGAUCCCAGUAAGGUGAUCAACGCAGCUCUUGAGUGUACCUUUCCAGAGAAUGCCAUUCAUCGGGGCGAACUGGUGAAAAUACAAAAGAAUCCGAAGCCACAAUCGGAAAAACGAUUAGAAAUGGAUUUGGCCACCGCUGCAGCCACAGGAGUAAUCACCUUGCAGCCUGAUCAUUUGUGGCAAGGCAAAAGAGUGGUCGUUCUUCCCGAGCUGAGUAAGCGUGAAAAACGGCUCACGCUGCGUUCUGCGUUCAGCAUCUGGGAAGAUGAUGAAGAUAACAACCGUUUUACUUCAGAGUUAGCUGAUGGAGUCCCAAAGAAGUCAGAAAGGUGUUUCGAGAAUGUUUACGAGGAUGAGUAUGAUGACAGCUACGAUAUCCGCGAAGGAAUUGUUGAUGAGGUGCACUCCGAUGAGCAGUCGAGAUCGUUGCCCUUCACCACUAAUGUGGCCGCCUGUGAUCCUAGCAACACUGGCUCAUCCCUUCGCACAGAUGCGAACCAACGUCAAACGGUGUUGCGAAUCGAGAACCCUGAAAGUGUACGUCAACGUCAAGAAGAAUUCAAAAUAGCACGCCAGGCUGAGCACCGUAAACACAUGAAGCCGCGUAAUCCUCGUCCACUUCCCGUGAUGCCUCAACCUGUACCGUCUGGAACUAAUCGAGAAGUGCCUUUUGUGGCUGGUUCACUCUCUAAAGUCGUUUCAGAUGACUUCCUUAGCAUUUAUGAAGUUCCUAAUCACGACGCGUCUAGCGCUAACGAGUCCACAGUGACGUCCGAUUCGCUGUUCCGGUGCAUCGAAGGCAGCGAUCGUCACUAUCGUGGUAUCCACAAGGCACGCUUGGGAAACCAUAAUAGGCGCUGGCUGGCGGACAGAAAGCGCCGGUUUUAA